AUAUUGGAUCGUGGCGCGGAGCCUGCAGGUGCGGCGGGGGUGGAGUCGGUGUUACAGGGGAGGCGGUGGCUGCUGGCUCGCUGCUCGUCGUCGUUUCCUCCCCCCCCCCCCCCCCCCCGGUGUCGUCUUAGUUCUCCUGUUACUGCCGCUGCGCCUCCCGCACGGUCUCCCUUCUGCCCACUUCACAUUCGUUCGUGAAUCGUGCUUCUUGCUCCCGCCGCUUCGCCAUGGCGGCCACUACGCCGACCGUCCCGCAGCUGGAGAUACAGAGCCGGGGCUCCGCGACCGCCAGGGCGCCGAGCCCCACGCGCAUCUCCCGGCUGCAGGAGAAGGAGGAGCUGCGGCGGCUGAACGACCGCCUGGCCGUCUACAUCGAUAAGGUGCGGAGUCUGGAGACGGAGAACAGCGCCCUGCAGCUGCAGUUCACCGAGCGGGAGGAGGUGCGCGGCCGCGAGGUCACCGGCCUGAAGGCAAUCUACGAGGCCGAGCUGGCAGACGCCCGCCGAGCGCUGGACGACACGGCGCGGGAGCGGGCCAAGCUGCAGAUCGAGCUGGGCAAGAUCCGCGCCGAGCACGAGCAGCUGCUGGGCGGGUAUGCAAAAAAGGAAUCUGAUCUUAAUGGAGCUCAAGCCAGACUUCGAGAAUUUGAAGCAGCCCUCAAUUCUAAAGAAGCUGCACUGGCUACAGCCCUUGGUGAUAAGAAAAGUCUGGAGGGACAAAUUAAGGAUUUAAAAGAUCAAAUUGCACAGCUUGAAAUUUCUUGUGCUGCUGCCAAGGAACAGCUUGCAAAUGAAACCUUACGGAAGGUGGAUCUUGAAAACCGUUGUCAGAGUCUCAUUGAGGACUUGGAAUUCCGUAAAAAUAUGUAUGAGGAGGAAAUCAAUGAAACAAGAAGGAAACAAGAAACUUGCUUAGUUGAAGUUGAUUCUGGGCAUCAAAUUGAAUAUGAACAUAAACUGGCACAAGCCCUUCAUGAAAUAAGAGAGCAGCAUGAUGGACAAGUGAAGCUGUACAAAAAGGAGCUUGAACAGACUUACAAUGCCAAACUUGACAAUGCUAGACUGUCCUAUGAGAUGAGCAGUUCUUCAGCCAACUCAGUAAGAGAAGAACUGAAGGAAAGUCGCAUACGAAUUGAUAAUCUGUCUUCCCAUCUCAGCAGCCUUCAGGAAGAGACUAGAACAUGGCAAGGUAGAGUGCAAGAGCUUGAGGACAGCUUGGCCAAGGAACGGGAAAACUGUCGCAAAAUACUGGCUGAGAAAGAGAAGGAAAUGGUAGAGAUAAGAAAGCAGAUGCAGGAGCAGCUGAAUGACUAUGAACAACUUCUGGAUGUUAAACUGGCACUUGAUAUGGAAAUCGAUGCAUACCGGAAAUUGCUGGAGGGUGAAGAGAAGAGGUUGAGACUUUCUCCAAACCCAUCUUCCCGAGUGACAGUUUCACGGGCUUCAUCAAGCCAUAAUGUGCAUACAACCAGAGGGAAGAGGAGGAGGAUUGAUGUGGAGGAAUCUGAAGCCAGCAGUAGUGUUAGCAUUUUCCACUCAGCUUCUUCCACUGGAAGUGUCUCUAUUGAGGAGAUAGACGUUGAUGGAAAAUUCAUUCGCUUGAAGAACACCUCGGACCAGGAUCAACCUAUGGGAGGCUGGGAGAUGAUCCGGAAAAAAGGAAACACUUCUGCUAGUUUCAGAUAUACCUCAAGAUAUAUACUAAAGGCAGGCCAAACUGUUACAAUCUGGGCUGCAAAUGCUGGAGUAACUGCUAGCCCUCCCACUGACCUCAUCUGGAAGAACCAGAAUUCUUGGGGCACUGGUGAAGAUGUGAAAGUUGUACUGAAAAAUUCUCACGGAGAGGAGGUUGCUCAGAGAAGCACUGUCUUUAAAACAACUGUACAUGAAGGGGAGCAAGUUGAGGAAGAAGCAGCUGAAGUUGUGGAGGAAGAAGACCUUCACCACCAGCAGACAGUCCCAAAGACCUCUAACAGAAGCUGUGUGACCAUGUAAACUUCCAGUCAGCCAGGUUCUUCAAAUCAUGGUAAUCCUUGCCUACAGAACAGGCCCUUCUCAGAAGCACAACUUAUUUUUGUAUUUUCUGUAUGUGAAUUUUUAAGCUGCGAGUCUGAUGGCCUUAAUUUCCUUUGCUACUGAAAAGGAAGUUUUGUAAAAGAAGUAUGUGUAACUUUCUCGCAGGAUGUGAAUUGUUGACUCUGAACAGUGUACUGAUCGAAAAAUGAUGUCACUGCCCCCCAGAUUUAUAUGCCAGUCUUUUUUUACUGAAACCUUGCUGGAAUAGAAAUAUUCCAGUGUGUUUUGGGGAUCUAGUUUUCUUAGAUAACACCACUCUAGACUAGCCAGUUGCUGUCGACCUCUUUGUAUUUAGGUGCUUUUGGGAAAGGGAAAUGCGUUUUCGAUACUACGAACUCUUUUGUACUGGAAACUUUUCUUCCUGCAGAGCAAUCAAGGCUAUAAAACUUUUUUAUAGAAAAGAACAGCUUUGUUAAAAUACAACCAACAAAACCAAAUGAAAUAAAAAAAAAACCUACACACAAAAAGAACGUAGCCCAGCAAAUCAUGUAAGAACUCAGAGGAUGAAGGAUGCAGUAAAACUCCUUAUUGGGUACUCUUUCCCUUUAUUUAGAUUUCUUAAUUAGCAGGAGGAUUUGUGUUAAAUGUGUUAGUUGUGGUGUUAAGAUUAAAUUUUCUUACAUAAUUUUUUAACAAAUAGCUGUUUUAAUGUGGAUUGUUUUGCGUGUUUACAACUUGUAGGAACAAAACCAAGUCUUUUGGGAGUCUAGUCUACAUUUGUAUGGAAAACAAUUGUGAUUUUGUCAAUCUGGAAAGUUUUUCUGUCUCUUUCUGCAUUAAUCUGAUGUCUGAAAAGCUUUGAAUAAAAUAUCUCUGUUUAAAAUGUAAAGUAAAGCCUUUGGGAUUUCUUUCUUCCUAGAAAAGCUAAAAGUUGAAUGAGUGUUGAAUGCUUGAAACGGAUGUUUCACCAGCUUCAGAGCUUAUCAAUGUAAAUGGAACAGUGGCAAAUGACUUGUAAAGAUUUCUUCUAAAUGAUGGGUAACAAAUUGACAUUCGGAAAAGUAAUUCUUUAGAGCUUUUUUCCAAACUCUGUUGCAUAAC